AUGUUAUCAUUAUUGCUAUUAUCAUUAAAUUAUAAUUAUUAUUGUAAUUAUUAUGAUUAUGAUUAUAGAUAUAUCGUGAGGCGAACAUACUUAGUAGCAAAUGAAUGGAACGAAUUGCAAGAUUGUCGUAAGACAAGUGUUGGUUUACAAAUGAUUGCUAUGAUUGGAUUACUUAAUUGGUUAAAAUUUGAAAAUUGGGCAACUAUUACACCUGGAUUACAAACCGAUAUUCCAACAUUCGCCAAAAGUACAACAUUAAGCGAAUUAGCCAUUAUCAGUAGUAUCUAUUUGAUAAUAUCAAUGAUUCAAUGGUUUUUUCGUGUCACAAUUAUUGAACAACUUAUCUCUGAUCCAUUUCAUAAUUUGAUCGAUUUAUGUUCCAUUUCAAAUAUUAGCAUUCUUGUGCUUACUCAUCCAUUACAUGGAUUUUAUAUACAUGGACGUUCAGUACAUGAUCAAGCUGAUACUGAUAUGAUUAAGAUGAAUCAAUAUUUGUAUCGAGAACGAGAAAAUUUAUGUGGUACACGUGGCUUAGAAGCCGGUAGUCAACUUCAAACAUACAUCAUUAAUUUACCAAAAACAUUUCGUGAACAAUUUGAUGCUGCUUCACAAAUACUAGAAAAUGAUAUGGAACAAUUGGGCAAUUUUACCACUGAUAAUUUUGAUGCAACAACAACUAAUAUUCAGAAAAUUGCUAAGGAACAUGAACAAUUGAAAAAUUUCUUAAUGACAUUUAUUGAACAUAAUAAUCCAAAAACGGAUUAUGUUAUUAGUGAUCCAUCAUUACUUGAAUUAUUAUUCGAUAUUGAAUUUAAGGAUUCAUCGGAUGUUGGCAAUUUUGUAAGGUUAGAAUAA